AUGGCGAAGGAGUCUACCACCAUUGAGGUCGGCGAGCCCAGCACCGUGACCAAAAGUACAAGCCAUGUCGUCGUGGACGAGAAGAAGAAGAAGGGCUUUGUGGCAGCCACCGCGGGAGGCGGUUACAAGAGAGGUUUGGCCAUAUUCGAUUUCCUCCUACGUUUGGCGGCCAUAGUAACAACGAUCACGGCUUCUUCCGUCAUGUACACCGCUGAGGAGACUCUUCCCUUCUUUACUCAGUUCUUACAGUUCCAAGCCGGCUACGAUGACUUUGCCACAUUUCAGUUUUUUGUGAUAGCCAUAGCCAUGGUCGCCAGCUAUCUCGUCCUUUCACUUCCUUUCUCCAUUGUAACUAUUAUCCGUCCACUUGCAGCCGCACCCCGGUUGAUCCUCCUCAUCUCCGAUACGGUAGCUUCACUAACAAAACUAUUCCAAAUUUUAUUACAAAAUUAUAGAUUUCAUAGAAACUCAUCCUCUUCUUAUGUUAUGGUGAAGGUGGUCGUGACGCUUGCCACAUCAGCGGCGGCUGCGGCAGCUGCAAUUGUCUACCUUGCACAUAACGGCAACCCAAACACCAAUUGGCUCCCCAUUUGUCAGCAGUUUGGAGACUUCUGCCAAGCCGUGAGCAGCGCAGUUGUAGCCUCUUCUAUCGCAGUUGUCUUCUUCAUCAUUCUCAUAGUCAUCUCAGCCAUUGCCCUAAAAAAGCAUUAAUUUCUCAUUUUCUUUCUUGUAAAGAUCGUAACGGACCUAUAGAUGUUUUUUCUUGUGCUUGUUUGUGAGUAUCAUGAUGUGGGUAAAGU